AUGAUUGGGCGAAACUAUCGGGGAAGGGUGCCUCAAUCUCAGGCGCUGCAUACGCAGCAUGCACCUGCGUCCGACCGUCGACAGGUAAGCCAGGUAAGCCAUGAGAAGGUGCUGGAGAAAAUCCAUGGCAACCUCUACGCGAUUGUCGGCGAGGCUGUCGACGAGAUCAAGAAUGAGGAAGAGAAGUGGAGCCGACAGGAAAUGGUCAAAAGAAUAGUUGGCUAUAUCUUCAAAGCAGCAAAGGCUCCCGAGCUCUUGACCCAGCCUUGGCAGGAGGUGGCUAGGACCGUGGUCAGCCACGGGAUGUCCAGUUACCAUGCAGCCUGCGGCGAGCGAACCUGGUUUUGGCAGCUUGGUUUGGGCAACGCCUUCACCUCUGCGGUCUGGGAGCUCCUGCAAAUGAGAAACAGACCUGCAGCCCACUACCAAGACGUCCAGGACUAUGUAGUGCGUGAGUUCGAGAACCACUUGGACAAGACGCUGUUAACCAAGGGAGUGUGGGACGCCAUUGCGUUGACCUUCCACGACGAAGCGAUCCGAGCGAAGGUGUACAAAGCAGUUUACAACACACACGCGACAGCGCUGGAGGAGCUUAUGGACGAUUCCAGACCGAUGGACGAUGCUCGCAAGGUGGAGAAAUUCACCAAGAAGUGGCUGGAGGCGAGCAUGCAGCGGGCAUGGAGCGCCAUAGAAGACGUGGAGUCGGUGCUCACGCCUGGGCAGGUCACACGGCUUUUCCAGAAUUUGAUGGCGCCUUUUGGAGAGGGGCACGAGUACACGUGCAUUCCCGUCACGCUCAUAGAGCAGAUCGGCAGACCACCGCGCAACUGGAAAUUCUUGAAGAUGGCCGUCCAGGACAUGUUCCGCGAGUGGAGAGAGGGUGCCUCAGCCACUCAGCCGGCGAAACGAAGAAGAAAAGCAGCGGCUCCAAUAUCGGACGCGCUGCCUGUGGAGGAGGAGGAUGGAGAAAGGAUCGAAGCUGAGCAGGUCCCGAUGAACGGGACGAACGGUUCGGCGAGACACGAGGAAGAGAUGGAGGAUCAGCUUUCAGAGCCCAAGGAGAUUGAGCCGAAGGCUGAAGAAGAUGCAGACGAUGCAGACAUGGGUCACCCUGAGUGCACUUCCGCCGAGGAGUGCACCGGCAAUAGCACCCUUCAGUUGGUCAGGCAUCUUCUGCAGGAGGACGACCCCGGGGAUGUCUACUGCGAGGCCUGCUGGGCGGGCUACGUUGACGAAAACCCGGAUCUCAUGGGAGUCUGGGAGGAUGGCGAGCGCGCUGGUGAGCUUUACUCCGCAGAACCAUGA